AUGGAUUCAGCAGUCUUCUACAGUAUUGCCCCCGCCCCUCUACCUGAAUGGAUUCAGCAGUAUUCUACAGUAUUGCCCCCGCCCCUCUACCUGAAUGGAUUCAGCAGUCUUCUACAGUAUCGCCCCCCCCCCUUUGCUCUUCAUCCCCUCAUUCUAGUGAUCACCAAACAACACACGUUGCUAUGCUACGCUCCUAUGUAUGACUUUACAGGGGCCAUAUCUGCUCUGGGUAUUGCUGUGCCUGUGAUGUCUGUACCCAGGAUGCUGAUUAGUUUCCUAUCUGACAUUAACUUGAUUUCCAGAGAGGAACGUCUUAUUCAGAUGUUUUGCAUUCAUUACUGUGCCUGUUUUCAAUCCACUAUCUUACUGGGGAUGGCUAUAGGUCGCUAUGUUGCAAUCUGUCUUCCUCUAAGAUACAACGACUACAUCAACAUGGCCCAUUCUCUUAUUUUCAACGCUGUGCUCGUGAUUCGAAACACUACUGUGAUGGUCGGUCUGGUAACACCGCUUACAUUGUGCAAGUCCAAUAUGAUGUACCACUGCUUCUGUGAGAGAACGUCAGUGGUUAGCUUAGCUUGUGGCAACGUUUCCAGAAACAACAUGGCAGGUAUAGUGACCUUCUGCAUACCAACUACUUACUGUAUUUUCAUAGUGUAUUCCUAUGUGGUUAUCUUUAUGGCUAUAUUGAAAUCACCAUCAGGAGAUUCACGGCACAAGGCCAUUGAUACCUGCAGUUCUCAUGUCAUGGUUAUAUGUGUUGCUAAUUUAAGUGCUAUGACUGCAUUCGUUGGCUAUAGGGUGAACACUAUCCCUCCUGAUGUACGCGUGUUUACUAGUCUGAUGUAUAUUCUAGUUCCUGGCUGUUUUAAUCCUGUAAUAUCUGGUUAUAGAACUAAAGAGAUUAGAGUUCACUUGCUUAAAUAUUUUACAUGUAAUAAAAUGGACUUGUGCUAA